CGGCCCCGGCUGUCUCGCUGCCUUCGGGAUCGCGGCCGGGCCGAGCGGCAGCGCGGGCUGCGGGCGGCGGCGGCUGCAGUCCCAGCGCGCACCGCUGGGUGGUGCCGUCGGCCAAGGCGGCGCCGAGCGGCUGCGGCAGCGGAGGCGGCCGGGGCCGGAGCGGCACAGCCCGAGCAAGCUCAGACCAGAAACAGACCGGCCCAGCCCAGCUCAGCUCAGUUCAGCUCAGACCAGCCCAGCUCAGCCGGGCGGAGGUGGCAGCGGCUGCGGCAGCGAGCGCUGCCCCGUGUCACCCGCUGCCGGCACACCCCGGCUGCGUUCCGGAGCGCCGGCCGGAAUCUGAGAGAGCGAGGGAAGGCGCCCGCCCCGCACUUCGCCGCUCUCCGCCCGCAAUCGCCCGGGACACCCGCCGCGACACCGACACCGACACCGACACCGACACCGGCCGCCGCCGCCGCCGCCGCGCCAUGGCGCUCGCAAGGCAAGUGCUUUGUGUGUGUGCUUUGCUGGGGCUGCCGCUCGCUCGCGCCGAGCCCAUCCGCUACUCCGUAGCCGAGGAGGCGGAAAGCGGCUCCCUGGUAGGCGAGCUGGCCGAGGACGCGGGGCUGACGCCGGCGCAGCUCUCGGCUCGCCGCGCCCGCCUGGUCUCGGAGGACGGCCGCCAGCAUUUUCGCUUGGAGCGCGCCUCCGGCCGCCUCGUCGUGGCGGGGAGGCUGGACCGGGAGCAGCUGUGCGCCCAGUCCGACACCUGCAUGCUCCCCUUCGAGCUGCUGCUCUCCGACCCCCUGCAGUUCUUUCGAGUCGAGGUAGAUCUGGAGGACAUAAAUGACCAUUCACCAGUUUUCCGAGAAAUCGAGUUACUUUGGAUCCUGGAAAUGAGCGAGCCAGGUUCACGUUUUCCUCUGGAAGUUGCUCAGGACCUCGAUAUUGCCAGUAACACAGUCCAGGAGUACAUAAUUUCACCCAAGAAUGAGCAUUUCAGUGUCUCUAUGGAAGUCGUAGUGUAUGACAAAUAUGUUGAACUUGUAUUGGAAAAGGCUCUAGACAGAGAGGAGCAGACAGAGAUUGGUUUCCAUGUUAUUGCUGUAGAUGGGGGCUCUCCUCCCAGGAGUGGAAGCAUAGAGAUCUCUCUUAUCAUUCUAGAUGUAAAUGACAAUGCUCCCAUCUUCACUCAGGAGGAGUACAUUGGGAAGGUUUUGGAGAACAUGCCAGAAGGCUCUGUGGUUCUGACUGUGCUGGCAACUGAUCCGGAUGCAGGAGUUAAUGGGGACAUCUCCUAUCAACUUAGUGAAGCAGUGGGAGAGAGUGACUCUGCAUUUGUGAUUGAUCCCAUAAGUGGGGAAAUUAAACUCACAAAAUCUCUGGACUUUGAGGAUACAGACCAUCAUGAACUCCGGGUGAGAGCCACAGAUGGUGGUGGCCUUUCAGCAAUCUGCAAGGUGUUGGUGGAGGUGGUGGAUGUGAAUGACAAUGCCCCAGAGCUGGUGGUCAGUUCCUUCAGCAGUCCCCUCCCCGAGAACACAGUGCCCGGCACGGUGGUUGCCCUGUUUACGGUCAGGGACCGGGAUUCUGGUGCCAACGGGAAGAUCUCCUGUGCCCUGCAGGAUCAGCUCUUCUCCCUGCGGCCAGCCUACAAGAAUUACUAUGAGCUGGUGACAGUGAGCGCGCUGGACCGCGAGGAGACGCCUCAGCACAUCCUCAUUGUGACGGCGGCAGAUGCAGGCUCGCCUCCUCUCACCGCCACGCACACCUUCACCGUGGACAUCUCCGACGUCAAUGACAAUGCCCCCGUCUUCAACCAGACCUCCUACACCAUGUACGUGCGUAGAAACAACGUGGCCAUGGUGUUUGUGGGAGCCGUGAGCGCUGCAGAUGCUGACGUGGGGCUGAAUGCCAAGGUGACCUAUUCCCUGGCAGCAGAGCAAGGGCCAGAGCGGGCCUGGUGCUCCUGCAUCUCGGUGAACUCGGAGAAGGGACACGUGUUUGUGCUGCGGCCCCUGGACUACGAGCGCUUGAGGCAGACCGAGGUGACGGUCAGUGCCUCUGACGCGGGCUCUCCUCCGCUGAGAGCCAACGUCACUGUGCGCCUGGUGGUGCUGGAC